AUGACAUCAGAUGUUAUGCCAAACUAUAAGAGUGCCAUCGAUUCUACAAAUAUCCUCAAAUAUAUGGAAACUUAUAUGUUUUGGGAAGUGGACACUCAGAUAACUGCAGUAAUGGUAGACAUCGACCACACAUACGACUCGUGUAUCGCCGGCAAUAUUACGGACAAUACAUAUCUUAAAGGAUAUUUUUGCGACCAAAUAAUUGCCACUCGAAAGGACCCCUAUUCCGAGUUUGUAUGCGUUUACACCACAUUUAAACAAAUGCCCGGAAUUUCUGCCACACAAUCUGUCUUUGGCCUAAAGAUUAUUCACUACAAUAGGAUGACUAACAAGAUUUAUUACGACACUCACCACCCAUUUCAACAAUUGAUGCAAAUCUGUAAUCAAACUUAUGAAGUGCUGCUCAAAAAGGCCCAACAUAACGGAACGGAUGUGGAGAAGAAGUUUGAGAGGAAUGUCAUUAUAUUUGAGAAGUCGGCGACAGAAAACUUUAUGUUGUCUUUGGAUACCUCACGCUUUCUGACCGGCGUUUCAGUUGAAUUGAAAGCAUAUAUCCAUCACAUGAUCCGUUUGCAUGAAAUGGACCGUUUUAUCGCAUUACCCAUCAAUGCCGACAUUAACGCCACUAUAUAUGAGGCGAAAUUACAACUCAAACAAGUAUUUCGAUGCUUCGAAGAGGCAGUGCUUUUGAAUCCACACGUGUUUUGUUCGGCGAAACAAAAUCUUGGAUUUGACACUUAUUUCAAAAAAGACGGAAACUUUUGGCGAAUUAAUUCAAUGGGAUUUACACGACAAUCAAAUCCCAACUUAACAGACGAUUCACUCAUUAAUUUGAGCUUUGAAUCCCAUUUCACGGAUUUGUUAGAAAGAGAUGGCUUUGACACAUAUCAACCCAUUCAUGGCUUUAUAUACAAACCACACUAUAGUGACGAGUGCUCUGAAUUUGACACAACUUGUAAUUCAUUCUUCCAGAGCUCACCAUUUCAUUAUCGUCUCUGCGUUUAUGGGUUUAAACCGUCACUAAAUGAGACCGGAGUUCACCCACACAUCAAAUCCUAUCGAUACUCGACUUCUAGUAUUCAUCCAAAACGUGAAAAGGAUUUGUGUUCAGCCGUUUGGCUUAGAGUAGACACGUAUCCCAACAAAGAUUAUACCGUUGUGUCCGCGGUUUCGAACCCGUCCUCAGGAGUUAAUGAUGUAAUAAUUGUAACGCAUUCUAAGACACACUCCAAAUGGAAAUUACAUCGAGUAGUUUGGGCUUACGAUUCAACCACAUCUCAAAUCUCCGUUAAUAAGACACAAGACUUUAUUAUACUUUGGUUUAAAUCUUUGUUUAAUAAAAACGGAAACAUUUAUGGAUACGGGAAGACAAGCGACGGCACGUUAUAUGAUAUGUCCAUUAAAAACAAUAAUUAUGAUUUUAGGCUCUCGUCGGAGGAAUUGAAAGACCUGUUCGCGUGUCCGCACAAACAUACUUAUCCCGCGUUAAGUAAUCGUAGAAAAGACACGAGAGAACGUGUCGUCGGAUAUACAGUAGACUACGAUUUCGCCACAAAAGUGAGAAACGGAUCGGAAACACAUGAAGUGUUCUAUUGCCAUUACAUUUGGUUCGGUGUCAGCGAUAAUCCCCAGCAAUCAGUCGAUCACAGCUAUCGGCGUUUCCUAUUGGAAGUCUCAGUCAUACAUGUAUUGGCUCACAAACCCUAUGCACUUACGGGCUCUCUAUUAUGUCUCACAAACACCAAAUCAGACACCAAAUCAGACACCAAAUCGAGAUUUAUGUUUCCUUUUGAGCAUAACUUCGACAUUAAUUUCUGGAAUGAAAGCAAAGCCACUCUUAACGGAAAAGUCGUCGGAUUUUUCACUCUUGAAUCCGACAAAACCCCAAUGAUUUACGCUCUCAUUGAACAGAAAUUACAUCUCAUUUUUAUGCCACACAUCGGCCGCAAGCAGUGA